GUUUGUCUCAAGCCCCGAUCUGGGUUUGUCUCAAGCCCCGAUCUGGGUUUGUUUGAAGCCCACCCUUUAGCCCCCCUCAAUCACCUAGCAGAAUUUGUAAAAAUCACCAAGACAUGAGGGAAGAGGCGACGUACGACGAGGUGCUGCGGAUGAUGGCGGAAGAGCAUGAUGGCUGGUAACUCUAUUGAGAGGAGAUUGCCAGAUACCGAGCGAGAUACCGGGUGCAUCAGCGUGUCCUCCGCCUCUGAGGAAGAAGCCGUUUUUAUUCAAGAAGAAGAGGGAGCCACCGAAGGACAGACAUUUCCAGCCACCCGAUUUGGAGCUGUUCUUCUCGAUGGCUCACCGAAAUCAAGCUUAUUCAGUUAGCUAAUUACCAGCCUUGAAAUUGGAAUUCCUUAAGGUUUUUAAUCUGCUGAUUGACUCUUUUUGGGAUAAGGUCUCAACAAGAAUUAAUGUGCAUAUUUACAUUGAUCUUUUUGUUUUUUUGUGUGCAUAUAUUAGUGUGGAAGAAGCUCUGAUGUUAUAUGAUAUUACUAUUAAUGGCCAAUGUAUGUAUGUAUUUUGGCUCUGUGGAUUUAUGGGAUGAACUUUUUAGCAUAUGAUAAGGUUAAAACAAACCCAGAUCUGGGUU